AUGCAAGACGAUUUGAAGCCAACGUUAGGGGAGCAGGACCGGAGCUUGUCAUUGACGAAAUCGCCCCCGGAAGCCCCUAGGACCGACCAUGAUGAGUUACGAAGUAUUCCAGGAGAUACGGUUCCAUCAGUCGAAGUCUCACGGGAGCUGACGCCACCACCAUUACCCCCUCGACCCCGUCUCGAAGUACAAGGUCGACCGGCAACGUCUAGUGGGAGCUCACUACGACUGUCGAAGAGGACGUCACGGCCGCAGCUACUUUCCCAACCUACGACUGCGCUGUCGUUGACGGAUGUCCAUCCGCAGGGACGCCUAGAGUCUGGAAGCCUACAGAGCUCUCCGGCUAGCCGUCCGGUCUCUCGCAAGCAAAGUGCCAGCCACCUAGGACGGUUCGCUGGCAGUAGCGAGAGCGGUGGUGAUGAUUCAGCGAGUCUGAGAAGCUAUGCGCCCACGCUAGACGCUCGUCUGGAUGGCGAAAGUCUUCUUGGUGGUCUGGUAGAGACCGAGGAGACACCGGCAUGGCGAGCACUAAGCGCUCAAAUUGAAAGGGAUGAUCCCUUUGGCAAUAUUGAGACUGUAGAUAACGAAUUCAGCUCACAACUCGAGCACGAAUUUGACAGUCUCGAGACUGGCGAGAACGAUCUCAGGACCGAGGAUGAUUUACUAGAAUUGUGGAAGGCAAAGCUGAAGCACUUCUUUAUCCUUUCCGCUUCUGGUAAACCUAUCUACAGUCGGCAUGGUGACGAUCAUCUCAUCAGUCAUUAUAUUGGCGUCGCUCAGACCAUAAUAUCGUUCUACCAAGGGGCCGACGAUCCAUUGAAGAGCUUCACUGCUGGCGAUACCACAUUUGUCAUGGUUGCUAAGGGCCCUCUAAAUCUAGUGGCAGUCAGCAGGCUAGGUGAAAGCGAACCACAGUUACGGACUCAGCUGGAGUCACUCUAUAUGCAGAUCUUGUCAACUCUGACGCUACCCAGCAUUGAGAAGAUGUUCUCGAAACGACCUUCCACAGAUCUGAGACGCCCACUAGAAGGUACAGAUGUCCUCCUCGAUGGUCUCGCCGAUGGGUUUACACGUGGAUCACCAUCAACACUACUGUCAGCACUAGAAUGCCUACGUCUCCGCAAGACUCACCGACGCACGAUCAACGAGACACUCCUCAAAGUAAGAUCGCCAAACCUGCUAUAUGGUCUCAUAGUAGCGGCGGGCCGCUUGGUAAGUGUCGUCCGACCCAAAAAGCACUCCCUACACCCAGGCGAUCUCCACUUAAUCUUCAAUAUGCUCUUCGAAGCCGGCAGCGUCAAAGCGAGUGAUGGCGAGAAUUGGGUCCCCCUCUGCCUUCCUGUCUUCAACAACACAGGCUACCUUUACAUGUACGUAAGCUUCUUCUCCACCUCCUCGUCUCCAAGCAGCAACAACGACACCACAUCACAGACUGGGAGCGAACGACCGGCCUCAAAAGUCAAAGACGACGAGCUCGCUAUCGUCCUCAUCUCCGCCAACCGCGAGUCCUUCUACGAACUCCGCAAAAUGCGCGACGACCUCGUGCUCCAACUCGAGAAGAACCAAAGCAUGUCCCUGAUCAAAACAGCCAUCCACGCCGGCCAUCAACCCUGCACAGACAUCGUCCCAGGAACACCACUCCGCCACUUCCUGUACAAAUCCCGUGGGAAUGUCCAAUUCACAAUGCCCUCAUUCGAACCACAUUUCCAUGGUCUAGUGGCCAAAAGGAAACUGAUGUCCUUAUACGCUUCGUUGCAUGAGAACUUGCAUUCGCGGACGGCGAAGACGAAGGUGGUGCAUGUUGUGGGGAAAGAGGCGACGGCUUUGGCGUGGGAGACGCCUUUGUUUGAGUUGUUCUGUGUGGCGGGGCCAGGAGCAACCAGGAGUCAGUUGGCAGCUGGGGCUAAUCGGGUUGUGCAGUGGGUGCGGAGGGAGGAGGAGAGGGUAUUUAUUAUUGGUGGGGCUGUCUUCUGA